CAAGAGGCUCCAGACUGUUAACGCGACUGAACAAAGUGAAUCGGAUUUAUUGUGUAUAUUAUCCUGGGGUGUAGCAGCCAAACAACAAGAAAACAUGGAAGCAAAUGGUUUUGUAGGAUGGCUUGGCAGGAGUCUUCUUUGCACCUGAUGGUGAUGACUGUCAUGCUCUCUGUUCAUUUCAUCUUCCUGUAGAUUGUGUUGCCAUGGAGCCCUGCGGAGGAAAUGAGCCAGCAAGUUAUACAAAGCAUUUGUCUGCUGGCUGUGAGCAGACAGCCAUGGGUGGCCAGGAUUCACAGACUGAGGUAAAGCCUCCAUCUGACACAUUUGAUGCUGUGCCCCCAGAGCCUCAGCCAUCAGGGAAACUGAAGAGGACUGCCUUAAGAUUCUUUGGAGGACGUAAAAGCAUUUGUGUUUUGCCCAACUUCUUUGGAGGGAGGAACAAAAAUCAGAACAAGUGUGCCUCUAAAAAGGUAGUAAGCAAGAGUAAAACGCAUGAUGGACUUAGCAAGGCAGGUUGGGAGGACAGUCUGGGAAGUGGAUAUGUUCCAGCAGGAGAUUUUGAGUACCACAGCCAGACUCCUAGCACUUGUUGUAGUGAAUUUGGUCACUCUACUGGUGAUCAGAAGUCCUUCUCCCUCCCCCGGCAGAAAAAGGGUUUGAGGGGACUUUUUAACAGCAUCAGGCGUCAUAGAAAGAACAGAAAUUGUGAUUUAGAAAAAAAUGAAAUGGUUGCAAUGUCUCAUGUCUGCAACAAAGGGGUGCCAAUUGCCCAGUCUAAGAUUGACCAAAAUGACACUGAGUGCCUGAACAGUUUGUCUGAAUCCAAUGUGCCUGUUUCGGCAAAUGUCGAAGAUUGUUUGACUAUUGCGCCUGAAUGUAUUAAUGUUGAUGUCAUAGUGUCUGAGAACAACAUGGUGAAACAAAGAAGUGUGGAUUCUCUUGUAGGGGAACUGAUGAAAGGCAAGGACAUUGUAGCAAAGAAUGAUAACCCCAAAAAACAUGAAGAGACACUCCAUGAAACCACUGAACCUGGUUCUCUCCGGAACACCAGCCUAGAGUCUACAGUGAAUGUCCAGCUGCCUACUGGCUCAUCUCAAAUAAGCUUGCUUUAUGGUGAUGUGGCGUCUCUGAAGAGUUUUGACUCACUCACUGGCUGUGGUGACAUAAUAGCUGAUCAAGAUGACGACAGUAUUGCAGAGAGCACAGUCUCGGGGGAAAGGAGUCGAAAUGCAGGCAAAAGGAGUUCCUGUUAUGUUACCUACCAGGGUGGAGGAGAAGAAAUGGCCACCCCUGAUGAGGUGGCUGGAGACUAUCUCCAUGACCUCUGGGAAAAUGACGCUGCAGAGAACAUUUGUUAUACAGACAGCCAGGAACCAGACUUUCUAGAACACAGUGAAAGUCCUAGAAUGACACCUGAAGAGCCAUCUAGCUCCUAUAACAUGGACAUCAGCAACAACAGCAAUGGUGAUCUUGAAGUUACAGAGACCACCCUUACAUCUGCGGAUGUCAUGACCCCUCAGAGUGACCAUCAAGAGUCAGUUCCUAACAGCGAUGAGGGUUACUAUGACUCUACCACCCCAGGACAAGAUGAAGACGGACGUGACAAAGUUGACAAGAUCAGGACGGAUAGACUACCAAGGGACAGUUACAGUGGCGACGCUCUGUAUGAGCUUUUUGAGCCUGAUGAUAGUCUUAUCAGUCCACCUCUUGAAAAAUCUAAGCUGCCUGAUCCACUUGAGUUUUUAGAAAUGCCAGCUCAGUGUAGUGAUGUAAAUGCUAUGUUCACUCCUGAAACGGAUCUAAUGGAAGAGGACAGGCUGACUUUGAUCCAGCAGGACCUUCUCUGUGCGGAGUUGAAAAGCAUGUGUAAACUUUCCAAAGAGCAUGCUCUGUUCACCAAAGGGAGGAUCCACCAAGAUAAUAGCUUCCAGGAAAGCAUUUCUAAGGUCAACACAAAAACUCAAGCCUCUAUGAAAGAGGACCAGGUCAACCCAGAGGCUUUGAAUAAAAAGGAAAACCGAUCGCAUGCCAUAGAGCAGAGAUAUUUCAAAGCCUGUAAUGGUGGGAAUAGUGAGAGAAUGUCAGAUGCAGCUUUUAGCUCCCUGGCCUCAAAAACAUGUCAAUCACAAGGAAUGUGCCCUGAGCAAAACAAGCCACAGUCCCCCCACUUAAGAGGAAACCAUGAUAUUUCUAAAGAAACAAAUAAUGACUUGAAGGAUGACCAGGCAAUUUGCUUCUCCCAAGCCCUAGUGGACUUUACAAAACAGUCACAGUUUUAUAGUAAUUCAACUGAAAGCAUGGGAGGCUCUGAGUCAGGCUCUCCCUUUUCCCAAAACAUGCAAUCCCUCCCUGCCAUUGUCACAUUUGAUGUCGUGGACAUGGAUAAUGAGGGGGAAUAUGAUCAGCAGAUGGAUAUGGUAAUAGGGGAGGAAGACAUCACGUCGCCUUACGAAGUGUUUGAAGAAAGCUACCUGCAAAAGGAUGCGUUUGCUGAAUGUGACUUACAAAUGUUUGACCUCUAUGAACGGAGUCUCCUCAGUAAUACUUGGGGAAUUGCCAGCCUGCCACGUCACCUUAGCCUUACACGAGUCCAUCAGUCGAGUCCACUGGCUCCUCUGCCGAGUCCUUUGGCCUUAAAUAGGAGGAGUAGAUCCCUGGACACAGAGAGCUUGGAGUUAGAGAUGACUGACAUGUAUUUAGGGAGUGGGGCAGCGCUAGCGUCAUGCCCUAGAACUGAAAGAGUCUCAAAGAUGGCGUCCUCACUUCACCGCAAAAAUAAUGGUCUCAUUUCCACUUCAGAAAAUGGGGACAAUAGAAACAUGUUGCAGUCAUGGCAACCAGAUACUGAGGGGACUGUAACCCACCCAGGAGCAGAUGGGAAAAGAAAAGAGCAGACGCACAGUCUCUAUCAAACCCAAGACGGACGCGUGGUAUCAUUCAGUCAGCCAGUCAGUCGAGUCCCAAACUGUAAACCUCAACCGAUCUCAGCUAGCAAAUUGACUGACAGAAUAUCCUGUAAUUCUAUCCCUCAGAAUACAGGACCAUUGCAUAGGCCAUCUCAUCUUCCUUUGCAAUCAGAAUCCUGUCGGCCUCAGGCCCCUGGUCGACCUCAUGCCCACUAUGGGAGAUCAGAUAAGGCAUCAGGUGGUGGGGGUGAGGCCCUUUUUUACACAUCGACUGUUGACUCUCAUCCUUACAAUCAACACAGUAAGAUUAGGCCAGUGGGGAUCACCCAUGGAAUGCCUCAUCUUUGCUCUGAGUCUGGGAGUCCUGUAAGCCCAGUGGACUAUGAGCAGCUGCCAGACUUCACCAGUAAAGGAAGAAAAGCAGUGGAAAUGGUGCGCCCUGUUGAAUGUAGCAAACACAUGUCUGGAGCAAAUCCCUAAAAAUGGGAUGAAACCUCUACAGUUAGCAUAUAGGCCUGUAUCCCACGUUUUCAUACUAUGUGCCACCAAAAAGACACCAUCUAGUACGUUUACAUCACCGAAAAUAGAAUGAUUGUCUGUUACCGUUAUCACACAUUGCAAAUGUGCUGUUUUGAUUAAUAAGCUAUUGUAUUUCAAUGUGACGUACAAGCCUUAGAAUUUGUGUUGCAAUGGAUAAGGAAGCCUGUGCUGUUCUAUCGUACUGCGUUAUCUUGUGAACAGUCAUCAAAAUACAGACUCUCCCAUGCAAUCUUUCAUUAAAAUGUUCAGGCCUGAGUAUACCUUGCAUUUGCUCAGCCCAGCGUUAGGCUACACAUCACAUAUUGGUAGCUAAACUACAUGGUAUUUUCACUCUGUCAAGUUGUAGGUGGCCUUUUAGUCUUUUUUUUAAUGACUUUCUUUACAGAAAGCUGUUUACUGCAGUCUGUGCUAGUACACUAUUAUGAUGGUAUUAGAUUGUGAUGCAUUUAUAAGAUUCAGCUUCAACGUGCAGAUUUGGAUAGCAGGUCAGUUAACCUUUUUUUAGAUAUCAAAUGUAGGGGGAACCGCAUCGGUAAUGUCUUACAUUUUCGUGAAACUGAUUUUGUUGGAUUUUUAUUUUAUUUUUAAAUAAUGGUUACGCUGUAUGUUUUAUUUUUGGUUGACAGAAUCUGAUAUCUGAAAAUAAUGCUUUGUUCUUUAGAUUUGUAUUCUGUAGUACCUCUGCAAGAAUUCUAAAAAGUGAUGUUAAAUUUGUAUUCACAACCAAUCCAUCUGCUGAAAACUGAUAUAGAUUGAUUUUUACCCAGGUAAUCGUAACUCAACUGUCUGCUGGCAAAGUCUCUGAAAUUGUAUCAUGCUGGUUGGCAUUUUGGGAUAUUGCCCCAGUUACCAUUUUUUUUGUCUAGCACUAUGAAGAAUAUAAUGCUGCCUUGCACUUAAAUCCUCGAUACAUUUGUUUUGUUUGUAGAUAAAAAGACAAAAAACAAGGGGUUGGUUGGGAUACUUUUUUAUUGCCGAUUUUAGUAGAUUCAUCAUAAAUGUUCCUUUAUUUCUGUGAUUAUCAUACUAUUGUAAGACCUUUUCCAUAUAUUAUACUCAUUGACCAACUCUGCAUUUGUUUCUACAUCUCAGCACUUUCUUUUCUACACUACAUUGUCUGUUUCAUCUGUAAGACCUGUCCUAACUACAGUUAGUUUUAUGUAUUUACUGAGCACAUGGCUACAUGUUUAACCUUUGUAUUUUGAGCAUUAAUACAUCUUGUCAUGAUUCUUGUCUUUAAAGUGGCAAUCUGUAGUUCCAACAAUAACGAAGCGGUCAACCCCCACUGAUCUGGUAAACAGCUGAGGGAUAGGGCAGAAGAAAUGUAUCCACUUUCAAACUCAUGAACAGACCUAAUAUGUAUCAAUGAUGAUAUCAAAAUUAUAGUUUUAAUCAUGUUUUUAGGCUGUACAGUGUUAGUUGACUUUUUGCAACUUUAAUUACAAACAAAGGAGUAAGACAUUUUGUGUUCUGAUUUCGGUAUGGCAGUUACAGUAAGCUCAUGAGGCAUCUUGACGUUUUAUUCUUCAAGAACAUUAAUUAAAGUCUACAAAUGUAUGUAA